GCCAGUAUGCAGGUUUUAUACAAACAUACAUGGCGCGCUAUACGAAAAGCAGCCGCUUGUACGAUCGCGAGGAUCGCUACGUGAUAUAACCUCGCGCGGCGUGACAUAACCUCACGCGUGACUCUCAGGUGAGUGAAACUCGAGUAGUCGUGCCAAAAUGACACACUAGCAAGUCGCAGAAGUGUAUCAGUCAACAUGUUGUCGCGGAUCACGCGGGGCACGCUCUCAUCCGCUGUCUCCGCACUGUUGAAGCAACACAAGGUCGAAGGCAGGACACUGGCCCCGGUUGCUGCAAGCGGUUUGCAUACAAAGAAACAAAAGGAUAAUAAAGACGGUGACAGUGACAAAGCGUCGGCUCUCGUGCUCCACUCGUUCGCGAAUGUCGAGAGGAGAGAGAAGGAGACCUAUCUGGACAUAUUGCGGCAGUACAAGGCGAACAACAAGCUCAGAACCGGUCAUGUGGAGUUCAUGAAGGUCGCGCUGAAGUACAUGGACGAGUUCGGCGUGAACCGCGACCUGGCCGUGUACAAGGCAGUGUUGGACGUGCUGCCCAAGGGCAGGUUCAUACCGACUAGCUUCUACCAGACGAUAACGUUGCACUAUCCCCUGCAGCAGAGAAUAACUACUGAACUGCUCUGCAAGAUGGAACAGAAUUGCGUGAUUCCGGAUUAUGAGAUGCAGAUGAUGCUGCUGAACACCUUUGGCGCUCAUGCGAGACCGCUCAAGAAGUUCUGGAGGAUGAUGUACUGGAUGCCGAAGUUCGCCAACCUGAAUCCGUGGCCUUGCGCCAGACCCGCGCCCAAGGAUCCACAAGUACUCGCUAGGUUGGCGAUAUAUAAGAUAUCCAGUGUCGACCCGAAAACCAAGAUUACCGAGUUUGAGAUUAAGAAGGAUAAAGAGGAAGCUAUUGAGAGUACGUGGAUUGUAUCUGCAAUGAGUAGGUUGCAGGAAGAGUUGUUAGCUAGGCAUCCUGUUGACAGUCCAAUUUUUGUGGAAGGACCGUACUUGGAAUGGGUUGCAGAUCAGUGUAUAGAUUAUUUCGUGUUGAGAGCAGAGCCUACAACGCAAAAGAAGCGAGUUUACGAGGAUAUCGAUGACGUUUCCGACAUUAGGAUACCCUUCUGGGAUUACAAGGAGUUGAUUACGCCUCUGACUGUCCAUGAGCAGAGCGACGGCACGUACUUCGCGGUGUGUGCCACUGGUACAUCCACGAAAGAUUCUUUGCUGUCCUGGAUACGAUGUCUACAGAAGCGGAACCCUGUCCUAAUUUCCAUCCCAGUCGUCUUCAAAUUGUCAUCGUCCACGAAAGAUAAAAUGUUUAUUGACAGCAGCAAAGGCGAGAACGAAGUUGCGCAGACGAAAGACUAGUAUCGAAGGUACAAAUCCUCAAGCUAUCAAAAAGCAAGUAACGUGUAAUAUUUAUACAAUAGACCGAAGCGUAUGUAGAUAGCUGUUAUUUGUAUAUAAAAAUAUAUAUUUCUACAAUGGAGA